AGCCCUUCUCGUCUCUCCAUCAAUAUUCCCUUUUGCUCGACUUGCAGGAAAAGAAAACAAAAUCCCCAAAUUUUAUACUACUACCUCAACUCAAAUUCACUGCCCUAACUAGAUCAAUUCGCUCUCUCUCAUCAUAAAAUCAUCAAUUUGAGUAUCACCCCACAAACCCAAUUCACACUAAUACAUAAUAAUGACUCAAGACGUCGAGAUGAAAGAGCUUCCAGCUCCGGCGGCAGCGGCAGCUCCGUCCAAUUCCGCCGCUGCUCCGUCUCCUUCUACUCUCAACCAUUUGAAAGAGAUUGCUUCUCUCAUUGAAACCGGCGCUUAUGCCCGAGAAGUGCGGCGGAUUUUGCGUGCUGUUCGUCUUACUAUGGCUUUGAGGAGAAAAUUGAAAUCUCAAGUUCUUUUUUCUUUUCUUAAUUCCAUUCUUACCCCUGGAUCGGAGGCUUAUACUCGGCUGUGUUCUUAUCUUCCCAAGGAGGAUGAUCAUGAAAUGGAGGUUGACACGGCAACAUCAGUGAUCCCAGCUCCUACAAAAAGCCUUUUACCGGAGCUGGAGAUGUAUUGCUAUCUAUUGGUGCUGAUUUAUUUGAUUGAUCAGAAGAAGUACAGUGAGGCCAAAGCUUGUUCAUCGGCAAGCAUUGCUCGUCUUAAAAACUUGAAUAGGAGGACUGUUGAUGUUCUGGCAUCUAGGCUGUAUUUUUACUACUCUCUUAGUUAUGAACUCACUGAUGAAUUAGCUGAAAUCAGGGGUAAUCUCCUUGCUCUUCAUCGCAUUGCAACAUUGCGCCAUGAUGAGCUUGGACAGGAAACUCUUCUCAACCUGCUACUUCGCAAUUAUCUGCACUACAACUUAUAUGAUCAGGCAGAGAAGUUGAGGUCGAAGGCUCCUCGAUUCGAAGCCCACUCAAAUCAGCAGUUCUGUCGGUACCUCUUUUACUUGGGCAAGAUUAGGACAAUUCAAUUGGAGUACACUGAUGCCAAGGAAUCCCUCCUUCAAGCUGCAAGGAAAGCUCCCAUUGCAGCUCUUGGUUUUCGAGUUCAAUGCAACAAAUGGGCAAUUAUUGUCAGAUUACUGCUAGGAGAAAUCCCUGAGAGAACUGUUUUUAUGCAGAAAGGAAUGGAGACAGCUUUGAGGCCAUACUUUGAGUUGACAAAUGCUGUUCGGAUAGGGGAUUUGGAGCUCUUUAAGUCUGUUGCAGAGAAGUUCUCAACCACUUUUAGUGCAGACAGGACUCACAAUUUAAUUGUUAGACUGCGACACAAUGUCAUAAGGACUGGACUUCGAAACAUCAGUAUUUCUUAUUCUCGUAUAUCACUUGCUGACGUGGCCACGAAGUUGAGAUUGGACUCCCCCAACCCUGUUGCUGAUGCGGAGAGUAUAGUGGCCAAGGCAAUAAGAGAUGGCGCAAUUGACGCCACAACAGAUCACGCCAAGGGCUGGAUGGUUUCAAAGGAAACAGGGGACAUUUACUCCACUAAUGAGCCUCAAAUUGCAUUCAACUCGAGGAUUGCUUUCUGCCUCAAUAUGCAUAACGAGGCAGUGCGGGCACUUCGGUUUCCACCAAAUUCCCACAAGGAGAAGGAAAGUGCAGAGAAGAGAAGGGAGCGACAGCAGCAAGAGCAGGAGCUUGCUAAACACAUAGCCGAGGAGGACGAUGAUGAGUUUUAGGCCAGUCAUCUGCUGGACAUCGCCUUCUUUUACCAUGAAAUACUAUCUAGUCAAACUGCUCGACUUCUUUAAGAACUUUCAGCAAGAAUUCGUUUUAACUUUGUCGGCCUCAAUUUUUUUUGUUUACAAAUUUCCAAAUGAGGAUCCUGUCUUAUUUCCGAGCUACCUUAUUUUGAACUAUUUUAAAUUCUAUUGUGGGGCUGCUGCAUUGGAACUAUUGCAAUUUCAUCAUUUGAGUUG